AUGGAUGAAGAGUUCAUUAAGCAGAUGUGGCCAUUUGAAAAGAUGGAGUUCAUGGGGGUGGAUGCAGAAGGUACUGCAAGAGGUUUGUUAUGCAUUUGGAAUCCAGAUAGAUUCAGACUUGAGGAGUGCUACAACUCAAGGCAGUUUGUUAUGCUUUCAGGAAUUGCUAGAGUGGAUUUUAAAUGCACUAUAGUUAAUAUUUAUGCCUCAAAUGAUGUAGUUAACAGGAGAUUAAAGAGGAAAUUAGCUAAUCUCAAGGCCCAUCUUAAAAGAUGGAAUUCUGAGGUUUUUGGAAACGUGGAUGUUCAAUUAAAGAGGGCAGAGGAGGAGUAUCACAAAUUUGAUUUGGUAGCUGAAUCAAGGACUCUAUCUGAGUCUGAAAUGCUUAGAAGGAGGGUCGUAAGAACUCUAGUGUGGAAUUUGAGUAGGAGAAAAGAGAGUUUAUGGCAUCAAAAAUCUAGAAUUGUGCGGGCUAAGUGUGGUGAUAAGAAUGCAAGGUUUUUCCAUAUGAUGGUAAGUUCUAGGCAAAGGAAAAAUAUGUUGGAUUCGGUUGUGGAAGGGGGAGUGAGGUUGGUGGAACCAGAUGAAGUUAAACAGGUAGUGUUUAAUUACUUUGCAAAAAGAUUUACUGAGGAGUGGUGUUCAAGGCCUAAACUCUCUGGCAUAUUUUCAUCUAUCAACUCUAGGCAAAAUGAUAAUUUGGUAGCAGCAUUCACAGAGCAAGAGAUUUGGGAAGCUAUACAUGAUUGUGAUGGGAAUAAAGCUCCUGGGCCAGAUGGGUUUAACAUGGCUUGCUUUCAGAAAUGCUGGAAGAUAAUGAAGAAUGAGAUUCUGCAGUUCAUGACUGAAUUUCAUGAGAAUGGUAAGCUGGGUUUCAGGUUUGAAUAG